AUGCCCCCGAUCCGGCACACACAGACACGCCGCCACUGCCACGACGUCCACCCAGCUCUGUCCGACCAUCACCGGCUCCGCCCCACAGUGCCGCCGAUCACCGCCAUCCACUGCCGGAUUCCGGCAGCCGCAUGUAUUCACAUAAAUUUCGUCUUAGUGCACAGCCACCGGAGAAGAACACCAUCUCGCCACGCCGGUCGACCUCCAUCUACCCCCGUCUCACUCGACACCCGUCUUCUCGCCGGAAUCUGUGUGGAGAAGAUGGUAUUGGAGCCGAAUCGGGUGAUGUCUAGAACAAUGUCGGCCAUGGUGACGGUGAAUUGGAGCCAUUCCCGGUCAUCUUUCACGGCCAUCCCUUCCGGCCCCCACGUUGGCCUUCGCCUCCGAUCCCCGCUCGCCAUCUCAGCACUCGCGACCAACGCCUGGGAAAUACCUGGCCGACGGCCAUCACCGUCUUGUCGACAAAACCGGUGGAUACAAUGUUCGGCGGCCAUAAACAUCUCACCUUCUAGACUAGUUGGUUCUGCCGGAGACUUCAUGAUGACGGGCGACAGUGGCGCAGCAGCGGAGCUGUGGAUGCUCGACGACCAGAUUGGGGAGGCGCGUUGGCCGGAAUGGGGAGGCGCGGCGGCGGGGCCAGAUUUCUGGAAAGGGUGCUUAGCCGUGACUGUCGGUUUUCUGGAGAGAGUUCGUCGCCUGACGGAAUCCGGCGCCGGGCGGCGGAUCUGGUGGUCCGGCCGUGUUCCCAGACGUGAGCGUGAAGGGAACCUCCAUAUUUAA